UGCUCUCCACCAAAAAAUUCAAAACUCAGCAAAUUGUACGACAUCAUACAACUGGUACCCAACUCUGCUUUUGAUACAACACUGACAAAAAAGUAGGACUCAAGAAACUGCCUUUUCAGUCGUGAAUACAUGGAGCAAUGUACUAAUUCUUGGGAGCAUACUCAUUAUUCAAACUUUACAAACUUCUAGUAGAUCAACAAUCCCUCAUUUUGAUGAACUGGACAAAAUCUAGAAUAACAGAAAAAUUAUUGAAGUUUCAGUAAUGGCGGAAAUGUGUUGAAGAAUUCCGAAUUAAGCAUUUCUAGGUUAAAAUAAUAUGGGAGGCGUUAAACAGCACAAGCUUGGCAAUGGAGUUUCUACUCGAUGUGUCACCUUCCUCUGCUUCGCUAGCUUUUUCUGUGGCUUUUUAGUCGUCAAAAGGUUUCAGGUAGUUCCUGAACCAGUUAUGGAGGGCAGGUCUUUGCAUUUGCAAAAUCCGAAUGAGAUUCAAAUUCAACCACUAAUAAAAUGUGACAGCAGGGAAGUGUCUUUCCAAGCUAACGACGUCUUUUCUCAAGUCUCCCAAACGCACAAUGUUAUCAUGAAAUUGGAUAAAAGCAUUUCCUCUUUAGAAAUGCAGCUAGCUGCAACAAGAGCAUCCAAAGUUCAUGGUGAAGCGUCAUCUCCAACUACUAUGGUAGAAGGAGUUGAAAUCCGUCCCAAGGUUUUCUUUGUUAUGGGAAUCAUGACUGCAUUCAGUAGCAGAAAACGCAGGGAUUCAAUUAGAGAAACCUGGAUGCCGAAAGGUGAGCAGUUGAAAAGGUUGGAGGAAGAGAAAGGAAUUAUUGUGCAAUUUGUUAUAGGACACAGUGCUAGUCCCGGGGGAAUCUUAGAUCGGGUUAUUGAAGCAGAAGAAGCUCAACAUAAAGAUUUUCUUCGGCUGGACCAUGUGGAAGGAUAUCAUGAAUUGUCCUUAAAAACUAAGCUUUACUUUUCAACAGCCGUUGCAAAGUGGGAUGCUGACUUCUACAUCAAAGUUGAUGAUGAUGUGCAUGUAAAUCUUGGUAUGGUGGUGUCUGCACUGGCACGCCAUAGGUCAAAGCCCCAUGUCUACAUAGGUUGUAUGAAGUCUGGACUUGUCCUGUCACAAAAGGGAAACAAGUAUCGUGAACCAGAAUUCUGGAAGUUUGGUGAGGAAGGGAACAAAUAUUUCAGACAUGCCACAGGUCAAAUAUAUGCUAUUUCAAAAGACUUAGCCACCUAUAUUUCAGUAAAUAAGCAUGUACUUCACAGAUUUGCAAAUGAAGAUGUAUCACUCGGUUCAUGGUUGAUUGGUCUUGAUGUCAGUCAUAUUGAUGACAGAAGCCUCUGCUGUGGAACCCCUCUUGAUUGUGAGUGGAAGACUCAAGCAGGAAAUCCAUGUGCAGCAUCAUUUGACUGGAGCUGCAGUGGUGUAUGUAAAUCAGUUGAGAGAAUGGACGAGGUGCACAAACGGUGUGGAGAAGGUGAUGGAGCUAUUUGGCACACUCGUUUCUAAAGCUUUCACACAAGUUUUUUUUUUUGGUACUGAAGGAAGUUCUUUCUUUGGAUUUAUAUGCUAUGCAACACUGCAAACUGUCAUUUGCCCAAUUCUUUAUAGUUGAUUGGGAUCAUUUGUCUUGAGAAUUAGUGUAAAUUAUUGAAAUUAGUUGGCUGUUAUUGGCUAUUGCAUUAGGUAGGUCAAUGCGUUGUACAUAUCUAUACUAAUAUCAAUCAAUACCUCUAUUAUAGGAACUAUUGAUGCCA